AUGUCGUCCUCAUUCACGCACCCCCAGCUUACCCAACCGCUUGGGCAGUCAUCUCCCUCCCUCACCCCGCUCAAACCCUACCGACCACAACAGGGGCAGACACAAUCACAGAGUGCAGGUCAACAACCAUUUCAGAAGCGGCAUACUCAUAAUGGAAGCAUAACCUCCAAUCCCUCACAGUUGGUUCAGAACUCUCAGCAACUCGGAGGGGACGGUGUGUUCUGGCAGUACGACCAGCAUUUCGAUUUCUCUGUCACCGGAAGUCCUGGCACAAUAGCGCAAUCCGCUCAACUCUACAAUUUCGAGGAGGACAAUUCACACCACGACUCUUCUCUAGAUGACUUCCUGACAACCGAGACUUCGUCUGAGAAUCCAAUAAGUGAACACACUACCCCUCAAGAACUCAUCUGGGAGCAGCAGUUUAUUACUCAGGACACUUCUCAGCCCCAUAUAUUGGAUACCUUCGGUGCUCAUCCAUAUCCAGCUUCGCAAGGCAUAGGUGGCACAGAUACCCGCGGACUCUUCGGUCCCACGGAAGAGCCACUCCCGAAAUUCGUCUCAAGGGAAGACCUCUUGGGCCCAAGUUUCGUCACUAACGGUGAAUCGAGACAGUUGACGGGAUUCCCCAACGAACAGAGCUCAUCCAUGGCAUCUUCACUGACAUCUCCUUUGUCCCACAGAAAAGGAAGCUCCCAAACACUAAAAGUUGAUACUCAGGCGAACCAAACUCCUUCGCUCGGUCAAACUGCUGGCUCUUGGCACCAGCCACAUUCAAACAAUCCCAUACCUAGCCCUGUCGUUAUGAUAUCUAGCUAUGAGCCAGCUGAAUCAGAUCGAGAGGCUUCUUUUGCGGGCCCACUGGGCCCCGGCAAGCGUAGCCGUGAUAGUGACGGUUCAGACGAUGAGGAUGAGGAUGAUGACCAGGAUGGCUCUAUUAGUUCUGGAGCAGCCAAUACUUACUCAUACCAUUUGAUGCCUCCGGAUGCACACGACAUUGGCUCUAUACGUUCAGUUCCCUCUCCGCGAGUCGGUUUAGAGCCAUCACGAAGGACUGAGGAUGCUGUUCUGUCGGUGAAGGAUGUCGAACACAAUCGAGAACGCCAAGAAAAGGACGCUGAAGUUGAAACCUGGCUAGCCAACAGCGAUGCUGGGAGUGAACCAGACGACCAGUCUUUGCCUCAACCCACUCGUCAACUUUCCUCAUCUAGCCGGCGUCGCGCCCAUACGAUUGGAUUGCAAACGGAUGCUCUCGGUCGCGUGUACCCAGACAAGGGCAUACCUGGUCCAGGAGUUCUCGUCGAUGUGGAAUCAGACGAUGAAUAUUUUGAGGACUGUGUCUCUGUUGCAUCUUCAAUCCUUCAAAAUAUCACCAACGAUGCGCUUGAAGUCUAUCACCAGAGAUCCCCAAAACUGUCCCCCAAUACUCUAGCUCCAGUAGAAUCUCCAGAGCAGAGCUCCUUCCCGACUUUAGACAGUGAGAUUCCUCUUGAACAUCAAGAACCACUGCCGCGACAAUUCUACAAGAGGAACCCUAUCGGCGUGGGAACGGAUGGCAAAAGGGAGCAGCCAGACUCGUCGAAUGCGGCUGCAUACAAGUUCAAUCAAGAAGCCGUCAAGUGGGAGACAGCAUCAAGGGCUGCUACCUGGGGUACUCGUCGUCGACUAAGUGAGAGUGAAGUCAAUUCCAUUGUUGAUGGCAGCCAGGUCCGACAUCUAUCCUUGUCCAAGCGUGGCCGUGAGCGGGGCAACAGCAUUUUGAACAAGGCCCGAGGACUCUUGCCACGCCGCAGUAGCAGCAAUAUCAAAGGUGAGCCUGCAGACGGCGAAAAGACCCCAGCGCAGCCUGGCCAUGCACACCGGAGCUCUGUAGGCACAACGAAAUCAAGUCAAAGGAAGACCAGCAUGACGAAACCUCGAUCACCUCAGCUAGAUACUGGUGGUGCUCUCAUGGCAAUGACUGGCCAGCUAGCUGCCAUCGGAAGAAGUAGCACCAAAUCACAUGAGCCAGAUCCGCCUAAAAGCUCGCGGCCAUUACAAUCGCUGCGUAAACAGAGGAGCAGGAGCGAUGUCACAAAGAAAUCUUCCACGCCCGGACUGGCUGAAUUGAUGACUAGGCACGGUGGCCCACCAAUCCCCACUCUGGCCUCUCCAAUGCAUGAGCGUGAGACGAUUCUAGCUGCCCAAGUCAUUGAUAACGAAGACGCGGCAGGCGAUGACGACGAUGAAGAUCAGACUGACGAGGUCGGGAUCCGCAUGGAGUUUGAAAUCCGCGCUGAAGAAAUCACACCCACCUUGGAAGGAUUCAAGGAUCAUGCCCGCAAACUCAACCCCCGACUUGAACCAUACUUGAUUGAUCGAAUCGGUCAAGAGCAGGUUCGCAGAUAUAAGAGAUUGGCUGAAACCAAAAUCAAGCAUAUGCAGUGUGUGCAGCACAGUAAAAAGUGUGGUUCGGGGAAGUUUUGUUUCGAUCUUGGAGGCGAAGCGGUCCUUUUGGCACCACGCGUAAGCUCCAAAGAUCCAGAAGCGACAUUGACCCAGUUCCAAGUCAACAGCUCAGGCGAUCAUGAAAUAGACGAGUCCGGAUUUACGGAGGGGAUUGUGACACCAGCCUUGUUUCCUCCCGGUAUUCCUUUACCCCCCGUCAAACGACUACCGGCAGAGUUCGAAUGUCAGCUGUGUUUCCGAGUGAAGAAAUUUUCCAAGCCAAGCGAUUGGACGAAGCAUGUCCACGAGGAUAUCCAGCCAUUCUCAUGUACAUUCCCUAAUUGCACCGAGUCCAAAUCUUUCAAGAGAAAAGCGGAUUGGGUACGACACGAGAAUGAGCGCCAUCGACAUCUUGAGUGGUGGAAAUGUAGCCACCAAGAGUGCUCUCAUAUCUGCUACAGGAAAGACAACUUCGUUCAGCAUCUUGUCCGUGAGCACAAAAUGACGGAACCAAAAAUGAAAAGUCGAGGUUCGAACAGCAGCAAGAAUAAGCCAAUCAAUGGGGCGUCGUGGCAAGCUGGCCAGGAGGAAAGUGAUUUAUGGCGAAUGGUGGACGCUUGCCGGUCUGAGACAAGCAGCAAGGCCCGAGACGAACGGUGCCGCUUCUGCGGCAACGUGUGCACGAGUUACAAAAAGUUGUCCGUGCACAUGGGAAAGCACAUGGAACAGAUUGCAAUGCCAGUGCUCGAGUUGGUGAGAAUGCGUCAGGUGGGUCCCGAUACCAUCAUCAGCCCCGUUGAACAAGUACAACCUGCUUCGUCGUUCGUGUCCAUCCCAGCCAACAUGAAUGGUGGUGAUUCGAACAACCUGUCGCCCUAUCCCACAAGCGCGGUUUCGGCAUAUCAAACGUCCUCUGCAGGACAAUCGCCCGCAUCAAUCCAUGGGCGGGUUCAGAAUGGAAAUUAUAAUUUCGAUCAAGGUUACUACAGCCCGCAUCCGAUGGGGCCUGGAGUCCAAGCCCAACUAGUUGCAACGUCGUAUGGUUCUAGCCCAUCAUACCAUGGCCAAAAUCGCAUGUAUAUGGACGGGCCGGAGUAUAUGGCGACUCAGAAUGACGGGAGACAGGAGCACAGUCUUUCUCCACAAAGUCAACUGGUGGCCCCCAGGUCACAACCCAUGACAACGGGAUAUUCGAACACAUACUUUGACCCAACCGGAGCAGCGUACAACCAGACGCCGCUACAAACAGUUUACACAGGUUCUGGCUCCUCGGCAGGCUAUAUGCCCCAGUACGCCCCGUCAACGUUGCAAGAUCUUCCUGUGCACUCGCCGAUGGGCAUGAAUGGACACCCAAGGCUUGGUAUACAAGCGAUGAACCAGCAGCAGCAGCAGCAGCAGCAACAACAACAACAACAACAGCAACAGUACCUGUUCGGGGGCCCAGGCAACGGCAACGGCAACGGCAACGGCAACGGGCGAUCCAUGCAGUAUUCUUGA